AUGAAGACCUCCACAGCUGCCAUUGCUGUACUUCUUGUGGCUGUCCUCUGCUACCAGGCCUCCUCUUCUCCACAGAGUGUCAACUUUUCUAGUCCCUGCUGCAUCAAAUACAGCCAACGUGCGUUUCCCUUGAGCCGCAUAAAGAAGUUUGAGCGCACAGGCAGCCACUGCUCCCAGCCAGCCGUGAUAUUUAUCUCAUUUCUGGACAACAUGGUCUGUGGUAACCCCCAUGAUCAGUGGGUCAAGGACAUCGUGAAUCACCCAAAGUGGAUGGCAGACAAUGCCCUGCACCGUCCCGGCAGCACCUCUGCAAGGACCUCCUCUCAUGGGCACCUCUGA